CCUGAGUUGACCCAGAAAAUAGGCAGUCGUUUCAAGAUCUGAUGCGGCAGUCUUUGUGCACACCGUCCCCGCUUGAGCAUGAAGCGUAACCCUGUGGAAUACAUACUCUAAUUCAGAGGAGCUUUUGCUUUGCACGGGAAAACUGCUUAAAUAGACGGAGCCGAAGCAAAGUCGCGCAACUUUGUGAAAACGUAGCGGAUACGGACAGGAGGCAUGGCAGACCAUCUGAUGAUGCCCAUGAAUCACAGCUCAGCGGGCGCCAGUCUCCACGGUUACAGGAUGGGCAUGAAUGGCGGCCUGCAGGCAGGUCACCAGCAGCAUGCCAACCAGCAGGGCAUGCGGGCACUGCCCAACGGCCAAAUGAUGCACUACGGCAGCGCCCAGGCCAACAUGGAGACGGCCAUGAGACAGCGGCAGGGCAUGGUGGGCGGACCCAUGAAUGGACAGCUGAACGGGGCCCAGAUGGGUCACCACCAGAUGACCUCUGGUAACAUGAUGUACAACGGCCAGCCCCAGCAGCAGCAUCACCCUCAGCAGCAGCAUCACAUGCACCCACAGCAGCACCAACAGCAGCACCAGCAGCAAGCCCAGCACCCACAGCAGCAACAGCAGCAGCAACAGUUCAUGAAUGGAGGGUUAACAUCCCAGCAGCUCAUGGCCAGCAUGCAGCUGCAGAAACUCAACACCCAGUACCAUGGACACCCACUGGGGCCAAUGGGUGGGAACCACAUGGGGCCCACGACCCAGUACCGCAUGAACCCGGCCCAGCUGGCUAACAUGCAGCACAUGGCCGGGCCGGCUCUGGCGCUGAACGGCAUGGACGCAGAUAUGAUUGACGAGGAGGUUCUGACCUCGCUGGUCAUGGAGUUGGGCUUGGACCGGGUCCAGGAGCUGCCAGAACUCUUCCUGGGCCAGAAUGAGUUUGACUUCAUUUCAGACUUUGUCAGCAAACAGCAGCCCAGCACCGUUAGUUGCUGAGAGGACCUGAUUUGCAAAAGGGGCUCAAAUGGAGACAGAAGAGUGAGAAUUGUCCAGGGUGGAUGAAGAGUGCUCAUCUCUUCAAGUUUUAUUUACUGAGCACCGACCCUGUACAACUAAGCCACAAUGCGGCGCAGGGGGCUCAGAAGAGAACUCUGGAUAUCCACAGGGAACACACAGUGCUCGAGUCUCACAUGUGCCAGUGGCCAGAGGGUGGAUGGUGUUACGGCCGAGUUCCACCUCUCCCUUCUCUUGGACAUGAAUGUAAUAAAGAAAUGCUGAAAGCCACUCUGAACAAUGCUAUGACACUGUGUAGCCUCCAAGCCUGGACUCCAUGACAGUUUACCAGUACAAAGGUGUAUUUAUUUAUUCCUAUCUGAGAAAACUGAUAUAAAGAACAACCACCUUCUCUAUUUUUGGGAUGUGGUUUUCAUGAAUUUUUUUUCUGAAGUGGGAUGGGGGAGAAAAUUCAAAUUAAGUUUUCUGCUCAUGAUUUCUCAUCCUAUUUGGCCUAGUAUUUAAAUAAGCUCAGAUGACAAGGUCAUCCAAAGAAGAGCGUGGAUUUUCUAUCAAGAGUCAGACAUGAUAGAAGUACAAUGCUGUCUCAUUUGAAUGGGAGCCUCAUCCAGAUUUAAAAAAAUGGUUCACUUUUGGUAAAGUGCUGCCUUUUUAGAUGUGAUGUUCUCGAAAAACCUACUGCUUUUACUGUAUGAAGCUGUAUAACUCCAACAUGUCCACACUGUUGUGUUCUAUUGGAGAUGUAGAACCGCCUUAAUCGCGCAGAUUCUUAUUUAUUGGUUGUUUAUAUUGUCCCCUUUUUUGUGGUCAAGAUUGGGGGGUUGGUAUUUGUGAAGGGGGUUUUAAGGAUCAAUAAAGAUGGCCUGGAUAGAAA